CCUUGCUACUUAAUAAGGUUCCCUCAUCAGACCUAUCAUUUUGCUUUAAAAACGUUCCUAUCGAGGUCUCUAUUAGAGGUUUUAAUGUUACAAUUGACGUGAAUUAUCAAUUAUAUGAUACAAUAGAUUCAUAUUCUAAUAAAUCUAAAGGCGUCAAUUUUUCACAUCUAGUUGUAGCAGCAACUUUGGCUGAAGAAUCUGCUAGACAAGCGUUUAAUGCUGCUAUAGCUCAUGCUAAUAUAAAAGAAAAAAAAGUUUUGAUUAUUAGAUUUGACUGUUCUUGGUCCCACUCCUGUAAUGCCAAACAAGCUAGUAGAGAAUUUAUUUAUUUAGAUGAUCUUGAAGGAAAAGAUAGAAAUUCUAAUGAAAAAGUUGUAAUACAAAAGGGUAAUUUUGAUGCAAGUUCUCAUCAAAUGGAACAUGCUAUUUUAAUUGCACUUUUGGAACAAAUUAUUCUAGUAUUAAAAGCAUUAGACCUUUGGCUCAAAGUUUGUAUUGACGGAGAUCUAGAUUCUAAUAAAACUUUAGCUAAUAUUCCUGUUGUAUCAGAAAUUUACGCAGAUCUCAAACCU